AUGAGGAGAUAUGAAGGGCUGGGGAGCAUCGUGAUGCCAGUGGCUCAGCAGUUCAGUCCAGAUGUGGUUCUGGUGUCGGCGGGCUUCGAUGCAGUCGAGGGUCAUCAGUCUCCUCUGGGGGGGUACAACGUCUCCGCCAAGUGUUUUGGUCAGCUGACCCAGCUGCUGAUGGGUCUGGCGGGGGGGCGGGUGGUGAUGGCUCUGGAGGGGGGUCACGACCUCACAGCCAUCUGUGACGCCUCAGAGUCCUGUGUGUCCGCGCUGCUGGGAGACCAGAGUGACUCUGUGUUCCCGUGGCCUCAGGAGAAACCCUGUCCAAAAGCCUGGGAAUCAUUGGAGAGAGUCAUAGAGAUCCAGAUGACCCGGAAAUGAAUUUCAGCGCGCCAUGUUGAAGGACA